CAAAAUCGACCAAUCACAAUGCGAUGUCGUGUCCAAACGGAACUACGGCAAGCGUCGAGGUCUGUCAACUCUGUCGACUCGCUUGUUGUACAACCAGCGAACACAGAAGCCUCGCGGAAUCAGCACAAUGAGAAGCAGCAGGUGUGAUGCGCAAUUGGGGGGCCUCAUCCUCUUCCUGUCCUCCUUUCUUCUGUGUGUCCGCUGUCAUGGAGACCAUCACCAGGGACAGCCACCAGUGGUUGAAAGUGCUGCUCACUUUUCGGGUCACGGUCGCUUUGACAAAACCGUAGUCCAAGAUAAAGAGCACAUUAUGGAGCAUUUGGAGGGUGUGAUUGACAAACCGCAAAAGGACAUGUCACCCCAGGAACUUCAGCUGCACUAUUUCAAGAUGCACGAUUAUGAUGGCAACAACCUGUUGGAUGGGCUGGAGUUAGCGACGGCUAUUACGCACGUCCACAGAGAGGAGCGAGGAGAAAACAGCCAGCCGAUGCGAGAGGAAGAUCUAAUGAAUCUAAUCGAUGACGUUCUUCGGGAUGAUGACAAAAACAACGACGGUUACAUAGACUACGCAGAGUUUGCCAAAUCACUGGAAUAACACGUUACCUCAGAUGAUGCCGUUUUUGCCCCCCCCCCCGCAACGCAGCAGGAAGGAACCUGCAGAGCGCCCGCUUGUUGAGACCAUCGUUGUCUCCAGCAGGAAUCGGUGAAGCUUUCUUUUUUUCCUCCAACGCGGCUAAUUCAUAACAAAACCUUUAGGUUGGCUUCAGUCUUGUAGCUUCCUCCAAUAGUGCCUUUUUUUAAGGGCCGCUUCACACAAUUUGUAGCAUCUUUUCCAAGCUAAAGAUGCAAUGGGCCACAGACGGGGAUUCCAAACCAAACUAAACCAAAAGUGGUGCUGAGAAAAAAAGCAUCAGAGAGCUGUGUAAUAAAAGUACAACACGCCAGAGAGAAGGCCGGAUUCUGAUAAGAUGCCAAUCACUGUCAUACCCCGCUGUCGACUUUACCAUGAAUGUAUCAUUACAGAAGUGAAUGUGACAUGGAAACACUAGAAACAAUCUAGUUUGUUGAUAAGCUUAAUCCACGUGAGGCACCUCAACACAACUUCACCUCUGCUGCGUCAUUUGCCAUUUUUUUAAAAUAAUGUACAGUUUAUGGAUGAAUUCUAUUGAUAUAUUUUGUCAUCUGGUGUUGAUUCUUCAGUUUAUGUUGAUUACAAAUAUUUAAGAACAUUGAGAAACUUUUUUUUGUUUUGAGAAUGAUCGAUUAAAAUCUAUUCAGAAGACUUUUUUGUUUUUUAAUUUAUUUUUACCAACACUACAAAGUAACCAUGGAGGCUCCAGUGCGGUUAUUGCAGUUAAUUGCCUCCAGACAAUUUAAUUCCUCAUUUAAGUCCGGAAUAUUUUUUCUAGCUAAGAUCAUAGGAAAUCUGUUUACAGCCUUCUAAAUAUGUUUUAACGUAAUUGGAAUUGCAUCGGUCAAUACGUCUUCCUCAAUCACAAGCAUACAGUUUAUUGAUAAUUUACUAAUAACUAAUAAAAACACAAAUAUUUAUGUUGUUUUUUUUAUUGUAAAUGGAUAGCCCUGACGUAAACAGACAAAGACAAGAAGCUAAGACAAAAGCAGUGAGCUAGCAUUGUUCAACUACAAGCUGGAUUUAUAAAUGCUGACACCCCUUAUUGGAAAGCCAGCAUUUUAAGAAAUGCUGCAAAAGUUUGACAGACAGUACAAAUAAAAUACAUGUCGCAAAUGGCAAUUCCGCAACGUUGUUGAGUGAAAGAUGACAUAUUAAAGGUAAUAUCGCAUUAUUAUAUGUAUAAAUAAUUUUAACAAUGGUUAAUUUUGUCUCAAAAAAUGUAGACCGUAUCGUUUAGUGUCAAUUUGUGGAACAAUAACAUUUAAAAAACGCACCGGUGUUGUUUUGCGACUGAGUACUUUUCAUUGUACUUUUCUUAAAAUUAACGUUAACAUCUUUUCUCAUUUCGUUCUCGUUCACCCAAUCUCGUGAAUCAUCUUGUGACACCCAUGCUAAAUAAGCAUUAGCAUCUUGGCUUGUUAGCAUGUGACAUCAACUUUCGUCACUUGAAUUUGAUAGUAUGUUUAUUAUUGUUUUAGUUCCAUCAUACUGUACUGUGACUAUUUCUCCAGGUACUGUACUAUCUUUGUAUAAUAAUGGUAUCGAUACACUGUCAUAAAAUAUGCUCCAUAAGUA